UCACUACACCUGUUUAGUCGCCGAAGACAAUUCGGGCACGGGUUGUCUUUCAACAACGAGACAGAACGCAUUUUGAAAAUUUUAACUGCAGCGACAAGCGGCUUUAUCUGCCUUACCUGGGAAGUGGUCGCUUCGCGUUAAACUUCACAGCAUCCGUCUACUUAGUGGACACGGAUAAAAAUUGCUUUACCUGCAGGCGGUGGUACAGUGAAAAAAAGAGAAGACUUUUGGAUUUUUCUAUUUGGCGUUUAACAUCUGGAGUUGAAUGCAAAAGUGGUUGACGGAUUGAAAAUAAGGACUGGCUUUAAGGAACAGGAGGUAUUAGUGUGUAUAUAUUUUAAACAAAUUGAUGAUAGGAAGGAAAUUUAAUUUGUUGUGGAAGUGAAAGUUUAAUAUUUAGCGUUGACAAUUUUUGUUCUUAUUAGUAUUUUGUUAGCACCCCAAAAACGUUGAAACACUAAACGCCCAAUGUUAUAUCUUAUGAUAGUAGAUAUUUGUUUUUAGUUAAUAUAUCAUCACUUCGAGUAUUUUACCAAGAGGAUUCAAAAUUAAAAAUGGCUGAACAUUACAAAGAAUUCGACAAAAACCCUAUAAUGCAGGACGUCACCUUCCGAGGUUAUUCAUUCAGGAGGAGAGAACUCGCCCUGGCAGGCGUGGCUGUUCUGUCUCUAUUUGUGUGUGUGAUUCUGGGAGCCCUUUUGGCGAGCACAGGCGAGCAGUCCGGUCCGUCUGCUAAGCGGCUUUCUUCGGAAUACUGUCUUGAUUCAAUGUGUCUGCGAAGCGCCGCUUACGUCUUGGAAAAUAUAAACUCGUCGGUGAAUCCGUGUGAGGAUUUUUACCAAUACUCCUGCGGACAGUGGGCCAGACGUAACCCUCUCCCCCCAGACCUGUUCCAGCUGAGCACGACGUGGAAGAUGUAUAACAAAAACGAGGAGAGGCUGAGGAAGCUGAUCGAGUCCCCGGUGAGGAAGGACAGCCCCUGGUCCGCCGAGAAGAAGGCCAAGGACUUUUUCAGGUCCUGCAUGGACGACUACGGGAAAAUGAGGGCGCAGGCGAACCCUUUUCUCACCCAGGUGCUCCCCAACAUCGGAGGAGCGUACGUCCUAGGAACGGUGGAUUUCAGCACCUACGACUUCCAAGAGUCUUUAAGGAAAACCCACGUCGAUUACUGGACCAAUGCUUUCUUCACAUAUUACGUGAGGACCGAUUGGUACGAUUGGAGGAAACGAGGAAUCCAGCUUGACCUGUCCGGUAUGGGGAUGUCUUACGUGUAUUAUAUGAGGAACGACACGGUGCAUGAACGCAAUAGUUACAAAAAAUUCAUCAAGAAAGUGGCAGGCUUCUUGAUUCGAGACUCCGGUUUAAAUGUCACCAACCAAUCAGAGAGGAUACAGACGUUCCUGGAGGACGUGUUUUACGUCGAACAGGAACUGGCUAAUAUAACUAGUGUUUCGGAUCAGACGGAGAAUCCUCACGAAUACGAGAAACAAGUCACUCUACAGGAUCUUACGUCACGACAUAACAAUGCUAUCGACUGGUCUAAGUUCUUCAGCUACAUGUUUUCUGACGCGGGGGUCUCGCCGCAGACUAAGGUGGUGCUGCUGGAGGCGCAGUAUCUGCAGAGAAUGGCCGAUCUCAUCAACCGACUUCCGGCACAGAACAAAUCCAGAAUUCUCAACAACUACCUGACGUGGCGACUGACUCACAAGUACGUGCAGGACCUGUCGUGGGACUACAUCCACGCGAACCGCGAGUUCUACGUCGACCUCACGGGGCAGGCCGAGUUCCUGGGCACGUGGCGAUACUGCUACUCCAUCGUCGACCGCGACAUGAGCGACGCCAUGAGCUCGCUAUACGUCAGGGACCACUUCAUUGACGAGAACAAACAAAAGGCACACGAGAUCGUCGACUAUUUAAAAUCUUCCAUCGUAGAGCGUAUAUCUAAAGACGUGUGGCUUGAAAAACCCACGCGUGAUAUAGCAAUUAGAAAGUUAAAAGAAUCGGUAUAUAAGCUGGGUUACCCCGAUUAUAUGAUGGACGACAGCAAACUGGACGAAAUGUACCAAACACUUAAAAUAAAACGAGACGACUAUUUCAGCAACUUGUUAAACCUCAAUAAAUAUUACAAGUUCGACUGGAACCGGCGACUUCGUCUGGGCGUCGACAAGUCGGAAUGGGUUUACCGGACAUACGCAGUGGUUGCCGAGUUCUACAACCCGUGGGCCGAGCUCAUCGUGCCGGCCGGCCUGUUACAGUGGCCCAUAUACGACCACAAGCUUCCACACUUCAUGAACUUCGGAUCCGUGGGGUCCAUACUUGGGCAUCAUUUAGUGCACGCCAUUGAUGAGCAUGGUUCCCUGUACAAGCUGGACGGAAGCUGGUGGGGGGACUGGUGGACGAACAAGACGAAAUCCAACUACAACAAGAUCAGACAGUGCGUCAUCCGAGCCUACACCAACCGCACCCAGGGGCCAUUUAGACUGCCCAAUGGCCGUCAUGUCCAGGUUAGAGUACAGCCACGGAGGUACGCACCGGAAGCCCUUGCCGAGACCAGUGGAAUUGAAAUUGCAUUUAAGGCAUAUCAAGAAUGGACGAAACAGAACGCCCCAGAGAAGCGAACCCCGGGUCUAUCGCUCACUAAUGAACAGAUGUUCUUCGUGGCAUACGCACAGGCAAAUUGCUUCAAUCGAAAUAACAAGGACGCUUUCAAACAGGCUGUGAGAGGUAUCGUCCAGGAAAAUGUCAAAGUGAAUAUGGCAUUACGACAGUCCGCGGAAUUCCAACGAGUCUUUAACUGCCCCGCGUCAUCCAACAUGGUUUCUAGCAUCAAAUGUGAUAUGUACUGAAAAUCUCAGUAAUGACGCUUGGUGUAUGGUACAUUUCUAGCUUAUGAGGAACGGAGAGUGUUGUUGCAGGGUGGGGGUUAUGACGUUUAAUGAAUAUACUUUGAACAAAUGUUUUUGUAUCAACAACAUUGUAAGACAAAAAGAAUGAACGAAAAAACGAGAAGAAGACAUAACAUAAAAAAGAAACAAUACGAAAUAUAAGUAUAUUUAAAAAUCA